AUGGCGACUGGGCGGGCGGCCGGAAGCGAGGCCUAGUUGGGGGCUCCUACCCGCCUUUCGGGAUCGGCUCCUCGCCCCAAGCCAGGCAAUGGUUUCAGGGAAGAUCUGUUGGCUGAUGACUAGGUUUCUACUCUUGUUCUACACCACCCAACGUGAUGGGACCAGGUAGACCUGUUCCGACCUGUGUUCAUCUUGCAUCUGAUGUCCAACUAGAUGGGAGAUGUGACCCCAGGAAACUUCAGACCCAGAACCAGCUGCAGUUUAAUAGGAAUGUUCCCACACAUUCAAGCAACUUGGCAAUCAGAUAUUCCUGUCCACAUGCAAUUAGAAUUGAAAAACUGAAGCACUCAUUCAAUGAAUCAUACCAUUGUAAAGAUUCGAAUUUUAGAGAUGGGCCUGACCCGAGCAGUUCUGUUUCAUUUUCCGUCAUAUCAGAGGAGAAACUUAGCUAUGCUGUCCACCUAGCCAAACGAGAUGUGAAACGAAGACAAUUUGAAGAACACAUGAAAGAACAUCAUCUCAGAAGUCAGCCCCAAAUCUCUCAGAAAUGUGGACAUACGACGAAGUCUAAAAUACCUGAACACAGGUUAGAAAAGAAGGAAACAAAAGGUCAUGAAGUCUUCCCAUGCAGCCACCAGCCAUCCAAAGUUGAAAUUUCCAGCUCAGGUGCCAAGGUAUACCUGUACACAUCUCAUCCAGGACAACCAGACCUUAUCGUGCAAAAUUCGCCACCCACCCGGGAUCCAGGACUUCAGCCACAUUCCAGGAUAGGUGAACACAAAAGCCUGUUGGAAGUUCAGCGGCUCCAGAAAGAAUUGAGCAGUUGUAUCCACAAAAUUGAGGAAGUAACUAAAAAAGAUAAAAUAGAAGAGGCUUUGGAUCCAGAUGAAGAGCGGCGAGUCCAAAUCAGGAGACAGGAGCAAGCCGUGCGUUCUGCCCGGAUGCUCUACGUCCUCCAGCAGCAGGUGAAAGAAAUCCAGGAAGAAUUGGAUAAAUUGAGUCCACAUAAAAUUAAGCACACUAAGAAGUCGUGGGCAGUGUCUAGGCUGGCAGCUGCACACCGUGGAGCCAUUCGGGCCCUACAGAUGUUUGUCACUCAGUUUACUGACCGAGGGGAACACCCGGUUCCCACGCGGGGUCGGGAAUUAGGCAGUCUCAUCCGCCAGCUUUCACUCUGUUCUGCCAAGCUGGAUUCUGAUCCUUCUGUCCCUGACGUGGUUAUAGAUAUCCUGCAACAAAUUGAGGACUUGGAAUCCCUCCUGGAAAAGAAAUUGUCACCAAAAAAGGUGAAGAAAUAUGCCUCCGAAAUUCGGAACAAAUUUCCUGUUGGUAGCCAGAGGGUCUUAGAAAGGUGGCCAAGUACAUCGUCAAAGAGUGAGAGGAGACUCUUUGGAGCAAAGGAGAUGUUUCCACAGGAAACAAGGCGACCUUCAGUAGCAAAGAAGUUGCUUGUAGAUAAGCAUCAACCUGAUACAGAGCUUCCAGUGACUAAGAGAUUAGAGGAUGAGCUUGAUGUCUUGGCUGUGGAUAUCCUUCAGGAAGAAACUCCAUCUAUUUUAGACCAAAAUGCAAGCUUCAAAGAUGAGACAUCAGCGUUGGCCAGAACAAGAGUGGUGAAGAAGAAACCUGUGACUGUGAAGGCGCCUUGUAGGAAGAAAGAUGCUCUGGCACCUGCAAGACUGCAGCAAGGACUCCAUAGAGCUGAAAGAUGUAGACCAACUCAACCUCACAUCAAAAGCAGGUUGCACCAGACAACAGUCUCAUCCAGAUUAAAAAUGAACCAACAGCCUGUGAAAGACCAAAGGGCUCCUUGGAUACCUCCAAAUCCCACAUCCCCACCAGCAUCUCCUAAAUGUGCUGCGUGGACAAAGGUAAAACGUAGCCCCAGGGAGGCCACAAAAGAACAGUCUCUCCAGCAAGAAGAUACUCAGGAGGGCAGUCACUCGCGAGGUGCCAUUGAGCACGAAGCAGCCAGGCUCGCUUGGCUUGAUGCUGAAACCUCCAAAAGAUUGAAGGAACUAGAAGAAUUAAAAACCAAAGAAAUGGACAAAAUACAAAAACGGAGGCUCAAUUGGCUUGAUGCUGAAACUUCCAGAAGAACAAAGGAACUGAAUGAACUCAAAUCUGAAGAAAUGGAUAGACUCCAAAAAUUGAGUGAUUCUGCUACGCAGCUAGCGGACAAGGUAGAGCAUGCAGUCCUGGAGCGUCUGAAGCCUCUCCUGGCCAAGGCCCAGAGAGUCAAUUCUUCUCUGGAUGCAAAUAGUCAUUUGAAAGAUCGUCCAUCAGUAAACACAGUGGCAACCCAGCCUGCGGAGGAGACUGCAGCUGUUGUUUCCGAAUCCAGCAACAUUCCCCUGCUGGAUGAUUUUUUGGAAGAUACCGCUCACAAGCUCUGGGCUGUGACUCACUCUGAGAUCUUGGAGGACGGCAAGGACACUCCAACUCUGGAGACCAUGAUGCGCCGAAUGGAAGAAAUGGAAAAAUACCAGGAGACAGUUCGCCAAAGAUAUACUAAAUUUGUAUAUGCUGAUCCUCAUUUUUGGAUGCAGGAAGGAAAAAAAGACCAAGAAGUCCCAGCAGUCAGUGAAAGGCCCCUGCCUCCUCAUCCAAUCAGGAUCACAAAGACAGCAGCUCACAAAGACCCAGACGUGAACAUUGUGUUAGAAAGGCCUUGGAAUGGCAAUUCCCUGGAUGAAAGUGUGGGAACAGAAGAGAGAGUGAAGAAAAGAGAGGCUCCCCUUCUCACCCUUCCAGAAGAUGCUCAGCAGAAAGGGGGCAGAGCUCUCCUUUUCAUCCCCCCGGCUAUGCUGCACAGCAUUGGUGACUACUGCAGUCGUUUUGAGCAGUACCUCCGGAUGAUUUCUCACGAGGCUGUCGGCUCCUUCAACCCGUGGCUGAUAGCUGAAAGCUUUUCAGAAGAGCUGGUAGAUGAAGCUCUGGGGGCCGUGGCUGCUGAACUUCAGGAUAUGUGUGAAGAUUAUGCAGAAGCUGUGUUCACCUCAGAAUUCUUAGAGGCUGCUGCUUAAAGGCUCUCCAAGGCGGGGCCCCUCAUGUCACACUGGAGAAGGGCAGCACUGCCCUCUGUUUUAGCCCACAGGAAAUCUUUCUCCUCAGCUGCCCGUCCAGGCCCAGAAGGUGCUGCCCACUGAAGGGAAGGAAAUGCCAGUGAUGGCAUCCUCACUCUACAUUUUCCAGUUGUCAUAGCAAUGGUUCUGGUAGUUUAUGACUGAAGGUGUUAUAUUUAUCAGUGCCCAGGAAACGUUAUGAAUUGAUUAUGACAAUAUAACAUUUUCUGAAUGUAUAAUUUUCCUAUUGAAAUAUUAUGUUCAUUCCUCUGGCUUAGUUUGGUGAUCAGAAUAUUUUGAAAAGUAACAGAUAAGCAUCUUACCUAAAAUAAAAGUAAGUUUCACCAGGGAUUCACGCUGCUGUUGAACCUGUGGGUGGCAUCGAUGCCAACAAAAGUACAGUUACUACCUGGUCCUGUCGCGGGGGUCGUGUUUCUGUCUUUGGCAAUUUCCUGUCGGGACACGUGUCUCCAUCUGCUAGGUUACAGACUCUUGUGUAGGGCACAGGGUCUGGCUAAACUCCCAGGCCCCUCCUCCACUGCAGCUCACUGAAAAUAGGAAUCCACUAGUUACCAAUGCACAAUAGUAAACACACAUUUCUUUAAUGUUCAAUUCCUGGGUGGUUUUUCAGAUUUUUAGUUCCCCCAGAGUCUUCUCCUGCUGUGGGUUGACAUGUUCUGAUGUAUAGAACGUUCUCUGAAUUCAGAGGAAGUCUGAGGACAUCAGACGAGGACCAGGCCUCCUGUGCCUCAUCUCUGAUGAGGUCUCAAGUGUCUGCUUCUGUGUUUCCAGACCACAAAAUCCACCUCUUGUGGGAGAAGAGAACAGAUCUGGAUGUUGUGAGGACCUCUGGGUCUCCCCCAGAGAAAGGAAGAAAUUUAAGAACCAUAAUAGCUUGGUCCUUGAACAUCUUAUAUUCAUGUUUUACCAAGAGAUAAGCCGCUGUGUUUUCAGAAACUCUGAAUUCAGAAAAAGAAAAGAAAUGUGCGUAAAAAUAAGGCCAGUGCCUAAAAAACUUCCACUCAGUUCUUUGUCUCAGGCUUGAUGAAAGAAGUGUGGUGAACGAGUGACAUGAGACGUGCCCCAUGGAGUAAUGUGAAUCUUUGUAUAACACUUCUAGUGUUCUCAUCUGGGAUUUUUCUCUAAAGUACAUGUAUUUCAGGUGAUAAUUUAAGCUGCUUGAUAACACUUAUUUGUGCAAAAUUGAUUUUCACUUAAUGUUAAUAUUUUCCUGCUUAAUUUCAUGUAACUUCAGAAUUAAAAAGGCUUCAACGGAAAUUAAAGGUCUGUAAUUGGGGAAGUAAUAUGUACACUUGAUAGGAGUGCCUGUCAUUGAUGGUAAUUUUGUGUGGCAGUUUUUACUGUGCUGAUUUGUUUUUUUAAAAUAAACUCAAUAUUUUAAAGUAUAUGUAUGCCUGUUUGAAAUAAUUUACAUCUCCUUUUUUUCCCCACAGGCAAAGUGAAAUGUGAUUUACAGAAACCACUGAGAUACUUUAGUUUUGAAAUGAGCAUAGCAGCUUAUUUGCCACCAGC